GCCGCGCAGCCCAGUCAAAGAAAAAGUCCACGCCACCUCACUGCAGGGCACGCCGUCGCGCGGAGCCAGCCAGGGCGGUCGCCGCCGGCCGCGACCAUGGCCGACGGCAAGCGCAGCGUCGCGGAGACCUUCUCCAGACUCCGGGAGCGCNUUCAGACGGCAUUCAUCCCAUUCAUCACCGCCGGUGACCCUGAUUUGGCGACCACAUCAAAGGCGCUUAGGAUCCUAGACUCCUGCGGCUCAGACGUGAUCGAGCUCGGCGUGCCCUACUCGGAUCCGUUAGCUGAUGGUCCAGUCAUUCAGGCUGCAGCAUCCCGUGCGCUUAAGAAAGGCACUAAGCUCGGUUCUGUCUUGGCGAUGCUCACGGAGGUUAUACCAGAGCUCUCUUGUCCAAUAGUUCUCUUCACAUACUACAACCCGAUUCUAAAGAAUGGGGUGCGAAACUUCAUGGCUAAGAUUAAGCAAGCUGGUGUACAUGGUCUUGUCGUACCUGAUCUUCCUUUGGAGGAGACAACAUUGUUGAGGAGCGAGGCCACUAUGCAUAACAUAGAGCUGGUGCUACUUACAACACCAACCACACCAACAGAGAGGAUGAAGGAAAUCACAAAAGCUUCAGAAGGAUUCGUUUAUCUUGUGAGUGCUGUCGGAGUUACAGGUGCACGCUCAAAUGUAAACUUACGCGUUGAGCAUCUUCUUAAGGAGAUCAAGCAGGUUACAGACAAACCUGUGGCUGUUGGCUUUGGCAUAUCAACUCCAGAGCAUGCGAAGCAGAUUGCGGGCUGGGGAGCGGAUGGUGUGAUUAUUGGCAGUGCGAUUGUUAGACAGUUGGGCGAAGCCGCUUCUCCGGAAGAAGGACUGAGAAGAAUAGAAGAGUACGCCAAGAGCAUCAAGGCGGCUAUUCCAUGAGAUGGGCAGUUCCAUCAUGAACAAGCCAAUUAGUAGAUCGUAAGCAUGUCGUUUAUCAUCUGGUAGUCUGCUUGAUGGACCUGGAAUCUGUAGUUCGUCUGGCAUAUUUGAUUCCAGUGCUCAAAAUAAUUAUAUCUUUGUGUGUUAGAAUCACAACAUGAAUUAACAAGGUAAUCUGGAAAUGGUACGAAGCUCGAUUUCUGUUGUGAGGAAACAUUGUGAGAUGUAGUGUUCUUAUGUGGAAAUAUGGAAUGUUAGAAUUUGGAA